AUGCGCGAGUUUGAAUGUGCCGUCGAUAUACUUCGCAAGGAAUCGAAGUCGAAGCCAGUAAUCAAGAGUGUGGGGAUGAAGAAUUGCCCAGGUCGUGUUUUCGUGUUCUAUGCUCUGCAACAGGGAAUCGCGUUCCAACGUGAGGGACCUGGGCCGGGGUGCAGUAGUGGGGCAGCUGCUUCCAUAAGGCUAGCAACGACCCGCUUCGGCACCAAGGCUGGAUCUCCAAACUCGGCAUCACCUGUCAUCUGCCUCAUCGUCGCAAAGUUGAGGAAAGACCUGCGUACAACUGCUAAAGUCCCGGACAGCAUCAGCCUUGACGGACAGCAAAAUGAGACUCCCUUCUCAACAUUAUUACAUAGGCCGGACCUCAGACAUGUCGGAUCCAAUCUGAGUCCCUACUCAGACCUCUACGUGACUGUCCAGCUAUGGGCAGAGUCGAAACCUCUUACUGUCCCUGUUCAGACGUCCUACAAGGCAUUUAAAAAUGAGAGAAGAUGGAACGAAUGGCUCACCCUGCCAAUCACGUAUACAGAUCUUCCUCUAAGCUCCCAGCUUGCGAUCACAGUAUGGGACCUAUCACCAACAGGAGGAGAUGGCGCUCGGGGCCAUGCAAUCCCUUUCGGUGGAACCACGCUCGCCCUGUUCGAUGCGGAAAAUCAACUACAAAAGGGUAGGCAAAAGUGCCAUUUACAUCGGAGGAAAGCGGCCGAUGGUUUGGAUUCGACGACGACCCCUUCCGUGCUUUCAGCAUAUAAACGUCACAGAGGAAAGGGGAGAGAAGACAUUAAAGUGGUAGACAAAGAAGAGGAGGAGAUGGAUCGGCUCGAAAAGCUGCUCAAGAAGCAGGAGAUGGGCGACAUUCCAAAAGUUGAAUGGCUAGAUCAACUCGUUUUCCGUGGCAGUGAGAAAAGACGACAUUUGACUUCGAAUCCUUCAAAGCACCUCGAUCGUGCACGGUCGCGACAACAGGACGACACUAUAUUGACGCUCGACGGCAAAGGGGGAACUGAGACAAACGGAGCAAAAGAGAAUGGAGAUUCUUCCCAAAAUUCGGUUGAUGAUGAGAGAUUUACACUCUUUGUUGAGUUACCUCGUUUUGAUUUUCCAAUUGUUUUCGCUGAUCACGAAUACCCUCCCCCGCCAAUAUCUCAACUCCAGAAUACAUCACUAUCCCAGUCAAACCUAAUACUACGACCUACACCCGAGGUUCAUUAUGGCCCUGGUAUCAACGGCCUGGCUGAUGACGAUGAUCAUGGGCUCGGAGGACGCCUCGUACGCGUGUAUGAUCCGGAGAUUGGGCAGAAAGAGAAUUGGGUAGAAUCCAAAUAUCGCCGUCUCAUUCGCAGCCAUCGAACUGGCGCCAUGGAUCGUGACAUGAAGCCGAAUGCAAGAGUGAGAGAUGAUCUGAAUGCAAUUUUGGCUUACUCGCCAACCCGUGUUCUGGUAGCCAAUGAGAAAGAUCUCAUAUGGACAUACCGCCAUCAUCUCACUCGAGACAAGAGGGCACUCACCAAAUUUGUUAAAUCUGUCAACUGGGCAGAUACUGGUGGAGAAAUACGGGAAGCUGUUCAGAUGUUGUCUAGGUGGACAGAGAUCGAUGUUGACGAUGCGCUCGAACUGCUAGGUCCCAAUUUUGACAAUCCCGCGGUUCGAGCAUUCGCUGUUGAUCGAUUAAGAAAGUCGGACGAUGAUGAUCUGCUGUUGUAUCUUCUUCAACUGGUGCAAGCCCUCAAGUUUGAACGCAUAUCUCCUGAAGCAGACCCUUCUCAGGACUCCUCUUUAGCUCGAUUUCUUAUCACUCGGGCUACUCAUAAUUUUAUGUUGGGGAAUUACUUCCAUUGGUACUUGAUGGUUGAGUGUGAUGAUACGAGCGAUGAGCAGUCACCCGAGCAUCGCAAACUGUUUGCCAAGGUUGAGUAUGAUUUUAUGACUGAGCUUGUUAAGCUUCCAAAUGGAGAAGAGACUAGGCGAGUGCUUCUUCGCCAAGCUGAGCUUGUUGCCGUGUUAUCGAAAAUCUCUGGAGAUGUUAAGCUAUCACGCGAAGCCAUCCCACGGAAGGUGGAGAGGGUUAAGGCUUUUGUCGCUGACCCCAAGAAUGAACUCGUCACAAUCGAUCCACCUUUACCAUUGUUUAUUGACCCUUCGAUCAUGGUCACUGGCGUAAGCCCGUCCGAAACGCUCGUUUUCAAAUCGUCGCUAUCGCCAAUCAUGUUGACUUUUAAUACAACAAACAAGCAAAAGCAUCAAAUACUGUUCAAGACGGGCGAUGAUCUACGCCAGGAUCAACUUAUGAUUCAAAUCAUUCAACUUAUGGAUCAAUUAUUAAGGAAGGAGAAUUUAGAUUUGAAGCUGUCACCUUAUAAGAUCCUUGCCACAGGGGCGACUGCUGGGGCUGUUCAAUUUGUCCCUUCGAUGACUUUACAGGGUAUCGUCAACAAAUACAACGGAAACACGGUCUUAAACUAUCUAAAGUACAACAACCCUGAUGACAAGGCACCCUUAGGGGUACGAAAAGAGGCACUCGAUACAUUUGUCAAAUCUUGUGCUGGAUAUUGCGUUAUCACCUACCUUUUAGGCGUUGGUGAUAGGCAUCUUGACAAUCUACUUCUGGCACCAGAUGGUCACUUUUUCCAUGCUGACUUUGGAUACAUCCUCGGUCGCGAUCCCAAACCAUUUCCUCCCGCCAUGAAGCUUUGCGCCGAAAUGAUUGAUGGAAUGGGAGGUUCAUCGUCUGACCAGUACAAGCAGUUCAAGCAAUACUGUUACACGGCUUUCAACUCGUUACGGAAACACUCGAACUUGAUUCUUAACCUGUUUAGUUUGAUGGUGGACGCCAACAUUCAGGACAUCAAACUUGAACCGGAUAGGGUGGUGUUCAAGGUCAAAGAUAGAUUCCAGCUAGAGUUGAGUGAUGAAGAAGCUAUCAGAUAUUUUGACACGCUGAUUGAGGAUAGCUCAAAUGCUUUCCUCCCAGUUAUUGUUGACCGUUUACACGGGUUUGUGCAGAAUUGGAGAGCUUAG